GUGUGCUCCAAACGUUGGUGGAAAGCGGGUGUUACGUGAGGUGCUUCUUCCUGACCGUUGGACGUGCUUUAAUUUCCUCGUCUGAGGUUAGAGUUUAGGCUGUGCUGAAGACGAAUUAUACAUGGGCAGUGGUAACAGCAGGCGUAAAGAUUCGUGCGUGGUAUAGCAGACGUCGUAGGAGCGUGUGAUAACUGGCGUCGUCGAGAAGGGGUCGUGUGCGUUGGUACAGCCAGCGUUAAAAAAAAAGUGUCCUGGAUAGUAGAGGUGUGGUGCCUCUUCCACAACCUCCUCCCUGACACUCCUCCGGCAGCAGGAAGAGGCCCGGAGACGACGGUGCCAGCUGAGCAAGCGUAACGUGAGCUGUGGGUGGGUAAGGCGAAGCUCAUGAUCCGCCCCUUCCUCUAAACAACGUUUCUAGUGUUCGCCGCCUCCCCUCCAUUACGGCUUUUGAUGAGUGCGCGCUCAUCCUCCGCUGGCUGUUUGUGGAUUUGCGUGCUGGUGUUCUGAAGCCACAUUGCGUGUGCUGUAAUCUUCUCGAGUGUGAUAAGGUGUAGACUGCGUCGUGCUAGUCAGUGAACCUCUUGUGUAUGCGCACGUCGUGUUAUCGUACAGCAGUGUCUUAACUCACCUGAGUGUACUUUUUCGUCCCAGAGUGGUAUCCUUAGUGUACUAAAGUGUGCUACAUCUCCUGUGGUGUAUACAAGUGUACUUAGAGAAGAAAAAAUAAUUGUACUCCAGAAAAAGUAGCCAGAGGACUGUAUUAACGCCUUAUAAAUAAUCCUUAAAUAUACGAGCCUUAAAUAAACAUUAAUUAAAAUAUAAGUUAAUCAACGUGUGUGUGUACAUAUAAAUCAGCAGGGAGAGCUUAGAGCGGCACACAGAGCUGGGCCACAAUGAGAUCUACCUUGUGAAAGCGAGUAACAGGAGCAAGAAGUAGUCUGGGCGGGAAAUCGACGACCUACACGCAUCUGCUGGAUAAAAACACUCGUUUGUCCACACAUCACUGGAUAUAUAAAAAUUAUUUUCUACAUCACCUGGAUAUAUAAACUGACACCUGCAACACCUGGAUAUAUAUAUUCUCUCUAACAUCACCGCAGCAUUUGGUGGAUAUAUAUUCUUAUAUCUUGAGGUUUUGCGAAGGUGAAUUAAGAUGGGUGACGGAAACAACCAGCGUCCUCUGAAGAUCACGGUGGUGGGUGACGGUACAGUAGGCAAGACCUGCCUUCUCAUUUCUUACACCACCGGCGAGUUCCCAGAGGAAUAUGUACCAACAGUCUUUGACAACUAUGCAGGGAACCACACGGUGGAGGGCCGAUCCUAUCCCAUGAUGUUGUGGGACACCGCUGGUCAGGAGGAGUACGAGCGACUCCGUCCACUGUCCUAUCCUGGGACAGAUGUGUUCAUAGUCUGUUUUGCCCUGGAUAACCGUGCAAGUUUUGAGAAUGUUACAUCAAAAUGGUUGCCAGAACUCCAACAGCACUGUCCUAAAGUACCAGUUAUCCUUGUUGGAACAAAGAAGGAUGUUAGGAACUUGGUUGUUCUUAAUCAGCGAGAUGGCAAGAAGUUGGCAAAGAAGGCCCGCCUCUCCAAGUACGUGGAGUGUUCCGCUAAGAGCCAGGAUGGCGUGCAAGAAGUCUUCACCUCAGCAAUAAUGGCAGCUGUAGGUUUGGGACCGAGGCAACGACCGUGUGUAAUCAUGUAGUACCAGGCAUGUGAUGGGGUGAUAUUUUAAUUCAGUAAACUUUGUAAACCACUUAUCCCUAUAUUACCUGAUUGUUAUGAGAAGAGAAGUUAUUUGUCUGAAAUUUACGAAUAUCAUAUGUAUUAAUAUUUUCAUAAACUAGUGAUACUGAAUGAUACCUAUAAAAGAAUGUGUAUUGGUUCCAUAUAUUUAUGUAAAUUAUAUUGCUGUGUAACUUUUAUCGAUAAUAUGAACCGAACGUUGAGUAUUCAUCAAAACCCUUCUUUGCUGCAUCUAAUUUUAAGUAUUGUAUAUACUGUAGUACAGGUACAGACCCUCGAACCUGAUCUCGGAAAACCAUACAUUUUCUCCCCUGGGUUUUGAUUAGGGUUUCUUCCCUUGCUAAGUCAAGUUUUACUUCCACUUCCAUAAACAUGGUUGAUUGUUUUACUUCUUAAAUAACAAAGCCAAGACAAAAUUUUUAUGCAUACUUAAAAUAGAAAAUGAUACCAUAAAUACAGUACGGUACAUGUAUAUUAAUAAGUUGAGAGUUCACUAAAUUUGAGUUAUGUGAUUCUCGAGGUUCAGCAGCUACCUGUCUCACCACAUUUGCCAGGAGUAGCGAGUUCAUAAAUAUCGUCUCUUUGAAUAAAUAAUCCAUUACAGUACCUUGAUUAUAUUUAUUUACACUAAUAAAAUAUUAUUAAUGUUUUUACAUAGCUUUUGACAUUAGUGUUGAUCAAAUUAAAGCAAAGAUUCGAUGUAACUUAUGCUUUGUUAUCAACGGCCAUGUAACUCACUAGUCGCUAAAAGCAGCUGCUGCAAACCAAAGAUUGUUGCUAUAGGAUGCUGGAGCUGUCCAAUGGGUGAAUGCAUUCUCCUCCGAAUGUGGUAUUGCCAAGUGACUGCUAAGUAUAAAACACAUUAAACCCAUUGCGGCUUACAUAAUAUUGUGAAAUAACACCACAGAUUAUUUUAUAAAAACAUCCAACUUUAGAUAUCUAGGAAUAAUUUCUUAAAGUAACUCCUUGGUUAUUUUGCAGUAAAAGAGAACUAUUUGACGAAUGGAAAUAUUCUCCCUUCGGUUCUUCAUUAAGAGCAAUGGUGGUAACUACAACUUUACACUAGUUUUACACCAUACUGUAUACAUACAGUAAAAUGAAUAAAGUGCACUUUAUUGUAUUUUUUUUUUACCAGGUUAUUGUACUAUUUUAGUACAGGAGGGUAGUGAUAUAAAGAACAUCAUGAUAUUGUAUUUACAAGUUGGUAACAGAGUUGGCAGUGACACCACUUUUGUCACAUCUUAUAUUGUGCUUGCAAGUUAAUUACUGACCAACUUUUUUUUUUAAGUACAGUACAGCUUCAAAACUACACAUCUGCCAUUGUAUUGUUGAAAUACUGUAGGUGUUGGUGGUAGCUGUAAUGCGCAUUACUCUUGCCAAUAUGUCGAGGGUUCGAGCCUCGGCCCAGACACACAGGAGAAGGGCAUUAUCCUGUGUGACCCCUAUCAAACAUCACAGGUUUCCCAGUCCCUGGUUUCCUCCUGUACUAAGCUGAUAAUUAAGUGGCAAAAAUAAAAAUAAAAUUAAAAAAUAAAAACCUUGCAUUUAGAGAACCCUCAACUUCUAAAUAGACUGGAUUUAAGGUAUUCUUUUGUCUAAAAUAUACAUAAUGUACAAAAAAAAAUAAAAUUAUUUGAGAAGUAAAGCAAACAUUCAACUGAGUUUUGAGUUUGGGUUAGUGGAAGCAAUCCUUGACAGUCUUGUGGUCAGCCAUUAGGUAACAUGGAUGUCCCAGGAAACUGGAAAAUUCUCGAGGCCAGUUUGGUUUUGGUCCCAAGGGUCCAGGAUUUGAGGGUCUAUACUUCUAUGGUAAUAUGAAUACUGUGCACUAAAACUCCCAAAAUUCUCAUGCCAAAUUGGUGGUUCUGCUUGGGUGUCAUGGCAGGUCCAGCUAAAGCAUAAGGGAGGUGGGGGGGGAUGAUCCAUGUACACUACUGUACUGUAUAACCUUUUUUUAUAAUAUUUCUGUAAACACUGGCAUAUGAUUUAGGCAUAAAAAAAAAAAAAAAAAAAAUUCAUGGUCAAUACAUAUUUUCUGUAUAUAAUGGGAGUCCAAAAAUGCUGGAGGGGGAGAGGGAGGGUCAAUUUACCACUCUUAAGGGGAGCUAGGCCACCCACCUCACUUAGAUCUGCUACUUCUUAGAUGUGGAACUUGUCAUAUUUUAAAACUAUUAUUAGUGAAGGAGAAAUGGAAGGGAGUAAAUGAAGUUAUGUGAGAAGAGGAAAUUUAUUUAGGAGUGUGUAGCUAUGUACAAUUGCAGAAUUGUUUUCCUAUCCCCCCUGUGGUAACCCAUUUCCAAACUGCCAACCUAUAUGACCUAUCCACCAGUCAUGUCCGCUGUUACACAACCAAUACCCUUUCAUUUAUAAACAGUGAUACUACUGCAAUGUUGCUGUUUGGAGACAUGGGUUACCACAGGGGGUGUAGGAACACAUUGCCACAGCUGUACCUUAAGUGGAAUUUCCUGAAAUGCCUGACCUGUCAUGCUAUUUAUGAGUGAUGUUCAGAUGUUAUUAUACAGUACUGUAGUAAAUACCUCUCCAGCCACUUUAUAUGAUGAAACUGUACUCUAGCAACAUUUGCUCUCCAGUUUAGAGAUAUAAAAGUAAUGGUACAUUCCUGUUAAAGUUAGUUUGUUCCUCCAUAUUACUGGUAUGUAACCAUUUGCAAGCUCAUCUUUGUAAGCAAUGUAUAUAUAAAGCACAGUGUUUAUUUGUUGUUUGUGUGUUCCUAGGCUCUGACUACAGUUUUGAAUAUGAGCUGCUAUUAAAAAAUAAACCCAGCUAUCCUGUUAGUCUCCUGUAAUGGAAUGGUACUGAACUUUUAGUUUUACAGUUAAAUAAUCUUUACCUUGAUAUGGAAGAAUUUUGUCUCUAGUAUUAAAAAACAAAUGUUUUUUAUGUGACAUGUAUACACAUAGACAAGUCUUACAUGAAAUAACACUGCAACAGAUUUCAAAUUGUGGAAUUUGUAAGCAUACUUAUAAUUUAUGACUUAGAGGUGCCAGUUUGGAGAUUAUGUUUGCUUGCAAAUUAUCCACAUUACAGGGUGCUAGGGUUGUAAAAGUAGCGAACUCAUUGAUAGCUGAUCGGUCAUCACUUGUUGGGUUAAUCUCCAUGAUUCACUGCUGCUGGUUAAAAGUUUCCAAAGCAGCCUUGAUCAGAUCAUCAUGGAUCAAAGGUUCAUUGAUAAUGGUCAACAACCUUCUUCACCUUGUAUCAGUUAAGAAGCAAAUACAGUACAGUACACUAAAAUCCUUAACAAUUAAGAAACUGUAAAUUAAGUUGUUGUCUCUGAUAUGUGUAACAACUCUUGUAAAUGAAGCUUGUAGUCUUUCUCCAGCAUUUGUGCUAUUUAUAUUGAAAAUAUUGUGCUAACAAGGUUUAAAUACUUUAUAAUCUACAUCAUACAGUGAGGAGUUCAAUUAUUAAGGGAAAACCAAGACCUCAACUUUUAUAGGAGUAAAGUGAAGAAGUUGCUUAAUGAUACUGUACAUCAUAAGGCAGACAUUUGUAGGAGUUUGGAAAAUGGUGAAACAUUGAAUAUUUUUAAUGUCCAUGAUAUAGAGGCUUAAUUUGAAGAAUUAUUUAAGUUUAGUGUGGGUGUGUGUAGUGUAGAUGUGUGUAAAGUGAAUUUGAAUAGUGUGGGCAUGUGUAGUGUGGGUGUGUGUAGUUUGGACAUGUGGGUUUAGUUAGUCUGCAUGUUUGUGUAGUGUGCAUGCAUGUAGUGCAGGUUUGUUUUUUGUGUGUGUAUUCAUGAAAGUGUUAGAAGUAGCUGAUUAAGAUUGCCAAAUACAUUCCACUCACCCUCACCUUACAUGAUGAUGGAAGAGGAUACUGUAUAUUCAAGAUAAAAAUGUGAAAGGUGAUGUUUGGUUGUACAGAGUGACAGUAAACCAGAUAAAAUCUUGAGGCUGUGUUGUGGAAGAGGACCACAGUAGUGACAUAUAUCUGUUACAGCAGGUAGAGAGCAGGAAUAAUGCCAAAUGAAGAGUGUAUUUGACCUUGAUUGUAACAAUCUAUGGUACAUUAGAGUGUGGACAAGCAUGAAUGUCAUUAAAAGUGAAAAAGAAUCCUAAAACAAUGUUUUGCUAUUAUUAUUAGACUACUAUCUCACACAGCAGAUUACUGAUGUCUGCAUUGGUGUUUAAAUUUUGAAUGAUAGGAUUUGUAGGUGAUUCUACCUUGUAGGAAAUACACAAAAGCUAUGAGCUUUCGAAGUAUAUAACGAGAAUUAUGGGAGUUUUACUGUAUCAUCUUAUUUGUGUUUACAAUGCUCAUUUUUUAGGUCACCUACAUGAAUUGUGAAAGACCUCAUGCAGUGUCACUGGUGUUGUGGGUGUUGACAAACAUUAACUUUGCAUAACCAAGUUUGUUAUUCAGGCUUUGCAAUAUCCCGAGCCAGUUAAUUUUAUCUUGUAUUUGGAUUGGAAUAUUACUGAGCACUGCAGGGGAGUUAAUUUGUUCACAGAUAAUACUUGUGCAAUAUUGUCAUUAGUGAAUUGAAUACUGUACAAGAUAGUUCUUUUUCACUGCAUUAUACAAAAUCAUGUAUGAAAAUACUGUACGGUAUUAGUAUUAUCAGUUUGUUGGAUAUGGUGAACUUUUAUCUUUCUAGUAUUCAGUUCUGUUAAUAAAGUUUUAAUUAAAGUUUGAACUGUGAUGAUGCCAAGCAUUUACACUUCUCUUAGAGAUCAUUUGUAUAUAAUUGCAAAUCCAAAAAAAAUAUCAACAUGUUAGAAGUAAUUAUUAAGUCAAAUUUGUUGGAGCUAUUUUCAUAAUUAUAUUUACAGUGUGUAUCAUUGUUGUUGAUAUAUUACAAUGACAUAAUACCUGCCUCCCCUCAUGUAUGUGUUUAUUCAUGUGUAUGCAUGCAUGUCUGUGUAUAUAUAUAUAUAUAUAUAUAUAUAUAUAUAUAUAUAUAUAUAUAUAUAUAUAUAUAUAUAUAUAUAUAUAUAUAUAUAUAUAUAUAUAUAUAUAUAUAUAUAUAUAUAUAUAUAUACUUUUAUAAGCAUACUGGAAGAAUGGAAUGUGCUUCAUAUUUUGUAUUAAUACUGUACAGUACAGUAUCAAUAAUGUAAGCAGUUAAACAAGACUUGAUUUGCAUUACAUGAAAAAGAUUAUCUCCACCUUGAGCUUGGGUGAUAAUUGGAGAACAUUACUUUUGAAAACCCAAUUGUGUACUAUAUUGUUUGCAAAUAAAUGUGUUUUCCUACAAGUUG